CCCCCUCCCUCCCACCCCGCCCCGGGCAUAAAAGGCUCCAGGUGAGAUCCUCCGCACUCCUGUCGACUGCAGCUCCUCGGACCAGGAUCGCAGUACCCUCUCUCGCCAUGACUUCCUACUAUCGCCAGUCGUCCGCCUCCUCGUCCUUCGGGGGCCUGGGCGGUGGCACCGUGCGCUUCGGGGCCGGAGGCGCCUACCGUGCGCCCAGCAUCCACGGGGGAUCGGGCGGGCGCGGCGUGUCGGUGUCCUCCGCCCGUUUUGUGUCCUCGUCCUCCUCCGGGGGCUACGGCGGCGGCUAUGCGGGCGCCCUGGUCGGGUCCGACAGGCUGCUGGCGGGCAACGAGAAGGUGACCAUGCAGAACCUCAACGACCGCCUGGCCUCCUAUCUGGACAAGGUGCGCGCCCUGGAGGCGGCCAACGGCGACCUGGAGGUGAAGAUCCGCGACUGGUACCAGAAGCAGGGGCCCGGGCCUGCCCGCGACUACAGCCACUACUACAAGACCAUCGAGGAGCUGCGGGACAAGAUACUUGGUGCCACCAUCGAGAACUCCAAGAUUGUCCUGCAGAUUGACAAUGCCCGUCUGGCUGCGGAUGACUUCCGAACCAAGUUCGAGACGGAGCAGGCCCUGCGCAUGAGUGUGGAGGCUGAUAUCAAUGGCCUGCGCAAGGUGCUGGACGAGCUGACCCUGGCCAGAGCUGACCUAGAGAUGCAGAUUGAAGGCCUGAAGGAAGAGCUGGCGUACCUGAAGAAGAACCAUGAGGAGGAAAUCAGUGCUCUGAGGGGCCAGGUGGGUGGCCAGGUCAGUGUGGAGGUGGAUUCUGCUCCAGGCAUCGACCUAGCUAAGAUUCUGAGCGACAUGAGAAGCCAAUAUGAGGUCAUGGCUGAGAAGAACCGGAAGGAUGCUGAAGCCUGGUUCACCAGCCAGACUGAGGAGCUGAACCGGGAGGUCGCUGGCCACACUGAACAGCUGCAAAUUAGCAAGACAGAGGUCACUGACCUGAGGCGUACCCUUCAGGGUCUGGAGAUCGAGCUGCAGUCUCAGCUCAGCAUGAAAGCUGCCCUGGAAGGCACGCUGGCAGAAACAGAGGCUCGCUUCGGAGCUCACCUGGCACAGAUCCAGGCGCUGAUCAGCAGUAUCGAAGCCCAGCUGAGCGACGUGCGUGCCGACACCGAGCGGCAGAACUUGGAGUACCAGCAGCUCAUGGACAUCAAGACGCGGCUGGAGCAGGAGAUCGCCACCUACCGCAGCCUGCUUGAGGGCCAGGACGCCUAUUACAACAACCUGCCCACCACUAAGACCGCCUGAGUCUAGCAUCUUCUGGGCUUCUUGCCCUCCAGCAAAGGGAUGCCCCUGGGUAGAAGCAUGGGAAGGGAGGGACUCUUACCUCUGGCUCUCUGCCUGACCUGCCAAUAAAACUUUAUGGCCCAAAGGAGGAAGGACUUCGGGUUUAUUAUUUCAGCCCAUAGAAAUGGGCCAGGCCUUGGCCCUGCUUAUAUUUUAUUUGGACCAGAGUCCACCCUGUCCCAGGAGAGGGAAGGGAGGGUGCUCACAAACUCUGAUUGUCAGGGUUAAUCUUGUUUGCAGAAGUCUUCAUUUAUCUAACCUGUUCCUUAACACAAGCUUAUGAAAUAAAGCAUUGCUCCCAUUUUACAGA